AUGUCUGCUACUCCAAAUCUUUCUAGUAAUAAAACCCUUGAUCCUAUUCAAGAUCCAGUUUCACCGUAUUAUCUUCAUCCGAGUGAUUCUCAGCUUUUAUUGGUUCUGAUUCCCUUUAAUGGUACUGGAUUCAACGAUUGGAAACGAUCUGUUACAAUUACUCUUUCUUCCAAGAAUAAACUCGUGUUCGUUAAUGGUCAGAUCCCAAAACCCAAUUCUACUGACCCUAAUUUCAAAUCCUGGGAAAGAAUCAAUAGUACAAUAAUUUCUUGGUUUAUGAAAGUUCUAGAUCCUCAUAUUGCUAGAAGCGUUUUGUCUUUUCCAACUGCACAAGCUAUUUGGCAGAAUCUUGAAGAACGAUUUGGAAUAACUUCUGGAACACAAAUCUACUCUCUCACUCAACAACUUUUUGCUAUUGACCAAGGUUCCGAUUGUCUCUCUACCUACUUCACCAAGAUUAAGAUGUUAUGGGAUGAAUUUGAUGCUUCACAUCCUCUACCUACCUGUUCUUGUACCAAUUGUACUUGUGGAAUCAACAGCAAACUCAUACAAAUGCGAGAAUAA